AUGAAGAAAAGCAUUCGCCCAUCCGUGAAGGCUGAAGCAGAUGAGAAGCUGAUGGAAUCUAUUGAGGAUGAAAUUCGCGAAGACUAUCUGCUUAGCGUGAAAAAGGCAAUCGUGAACUUUGUCUUAACGGAUCCCUCGGACCCCGCUAUGGGCACUAUCUCUGGAGGAUUUCAAAAAGACGGCAAAGAGCAAUCCAUACUCAUAUUGAAUCACCGACGCGAAUUAUCCGUGGUACCCAAACCAUGGCACAAUUCAUUUCUGAGUGCCCAACGCUUUUGUAGGGCAAAUUUGCAUGUCACAAACCGGUGUAUGCAGCAGGUUCUUGACCUCUGGUUUGCUCAGUUCAACAAUCUUCGACUUAUUGAUCCACGUGAGUUCUACAAGAAGACUGGUGCAAUGGAGCUGUCUACAUUUCAACACUCCUGCAUUAAAAGCAUUGACUCCACAAAGGAAAUUCUCCUGAAAAAGUGGAUGAACGAAGUGCAAAACAUUUUCUAUCAAGGAAACAAGAAAGGUCUAGUGCCUCCCAACAAAGAUUCACAGCGUCUCGAGGCGUUUUUUCGUUGCGCAGCCGUGCUGAUGAUGAACAAUCUGCAGCUUUUGGGCUUAAAUUCUAUGAAAGAUUUUACUCUUCUGGUCUGCAGCCCACCAACGGAAAACCAGGAACAAAUGCCUGGUUUUAUUCUCCGCUUGGUUCUGGAAGACAAACAAAUCAAGUUUGACCCGACAAUUGAGCAAUUUGAGGAAAGCAUUAUGGGACUACUUGAUAAGAUAUUUCGUGUGGUCCAAAGUAUACCUCGAAUCGAAACUCGGUUAUACGCCGAAUGGGUAAGUGCUGAUGGGGAAAAGGUUGCGUUACAUCCCGUGAUCCUUCCAGAGGUUUUUGAAGCAUUCAAGAACCAGAUCAAGGCCACUCUUAAGAGAGAAGCUCGUGGGCCAGAGCACCACCUUCAGACCUACAGCAAAUACCAAUUCUUAAUCACCCGUCAAGCCGAACUUGACAUUGAAAGUCUCUUAAAUCCGAAGGAUUCAUCAUCCUCUAUUUCCGUCAAAAAACGCAGAGGUGACGGCGGGGAUAGCGAUGAAACUGUUGAAGAAGACUACGAAAUGGAGUCGAUUGAUGAAGUAGAAGCUGGAGAAGAGACUGGAAGGUCUAGCCGCUCUGGCAAUUUCCUUGAAAUGCCUACAGGUCCCACCUUUGAGGAAUUGACCCGAGAGCUCUUACGCUACCGCUCAAUCACUAAGAAGAUACAGUAUGAGACGCGACGCACCAUCCAGUUGGGCAUGUUUGAAGUUCAUGCCGAUGAGUUAGUUCGGGCCUUAGUAAAAAGGGCCGAAGGAAUCUCGGACAAAGUGCUGGACAGAAUCCUGGAAGAUCACCGUUCCAUCAAUCGAUCUCUCAUCCGACAUUAUGAAGACAUCGCAGCCAAAGCCUUAUCAAUUCCUGCAGAUACUGCAGAAAUGAUGAGUUUAAUGGAGUAUGUGAAGAAGACCGAAACAGUUACCAUGGCCCUAAUGGAGCGUGAACUGGACCGUUCAAAAGAUCGGCUUCUUUUCCUAAUGGACCAUGCCCAACUGAAUCCCUCGGAUAUGCGAAUGAACAGUCAGGUUUUUGAGUGGCAUUCUCGAAUGGCCGACAUUUUUGAAGAACAUCGAACCAUAGUUCACCAAAAACGCCAAGAGUUUGAAGUCAACCUGCGAUAUCGUCGAGAAAGAUUUGCCGAGGAACUGGAUAGUUAUCGAAAACAGGUAGAAGAAUUUCAGCACUUCGGAGAUAUGCAAGAAAUGCUACGAUAUCUGAAAAAAGCGCAAGCUCUGGAUGAACGUCUUGAGUUUGCCUUAGCUAAAAUUGAUGCCUUCAAUGCUGAGGAAACUGCCUUCGGCUGGUCCCUGACGGAUUAUCCUCUUCGAACGGAGACCCAAAAUAUCUUAAAACCAUACCUUAAGUUAUAUGAGAUUACAGUGGAAUUUAACAACAAGUACAAGGAGUGGAUGGAUGGUCUCAUGGAUAAGGUGAACCCAGAAGAGGCCGAUAGAGACGUCUCGAACUAUCACCGAAAUUUGUUCAAACUAGAGAAAACAUUUGAGCAGAUUCCGGCUCCACGAAAAAUUGCCAGCAAGAUGCGACUUAAAGUUGAGGAGUUUAAGGAGCACCUGCCUCUAAUAUUAUCACUUUUCAAUCCUGGUUUGAAGGAACGUCACUGGCAGCAAAUUUCAGAGGUUGUAGGAUACACGCUUCGUAACGAGGAAGGAAUGUGCUUGGCUAAAUUGAUCGAUAUGAAUCUUGAUAGCUACAUUCCCAAGUUUGAGGCUAUCUCUGAAGCUGCCACUAAGGAGCACAAUCUGGAGAAAGCUAUGAAUAAAAUGAAAAAGGAAUGGGAACCGCUGGAAUUCACCCUUCUACCUUAUCGAGACAGUGGUACCUUCAUUGUUUCCGCAGUCGACGAUAUUCAGCUUAUUCUAGACGACCACAUUGUGAAGUCCCAAACCAUGCGGGGAUCACCCUUCAUCAAGCCCUUCGAGAAUGAAAUCAGGGAGUGGGAGUCUACUCUGGUGAUGACCCAGGACAUUUUGGAUGCCUGGCUUAAGGUACAGGCGACUUGGCUCUACUUGGAGCCUAUCUUCAGCUCUGCAGACAUCAUGGCCCAGAUGCCGGAUGAGAGCCGCAAGUUUACGUCCGUGGACAAGACUUGGAAAGAGUUGAUGAAGCUUGCCGUAGCCGAUCCCCACGUUCUGGCCGUCAUCAAGAUUGACAAGAUGUUGGAGAAAUUCCGCAAGGCUAAUGACUUCCUUGAUAUCAUACUGAAAGGUUUGAACGCGUAUUUGGAGAAGAAGCGCCUUUGUUUCCCCCGCUUCUUCUUCCUGUCAAAUGACGAACUCCUUGAAAUCUUAUCCGAAACCAAGGACCCAACCCGUGUGCAGCCCCACUUAAAGAAGUGUUUUGAGGGAAUUGCUAGGCUCAAUUUCACAGAGGAACUAGACAUUACGCAUAUGUGCAGUAGCGAGGACGAGGUUGUGCUUCUUAAAAGCGUCAUUUCAACCUCGAAGGCGCGCGGUGCCGUCGAGAAGUGGUUGAUUGAACUUGAGGCUGAUAUGACUGCGUCAAUAAAGCAGAACAUAUUUAAGUGCCUCGAGGAUUAUGUUAAGACUCCCAGAAAUGAAUGGGUGAAACAUUGGUGUGGACAGGCUGUGUUAGCUAUCUCGAUGACCUAUUGGACUAGUGACUGCACAAUGGCCAUCAACGCGAGUUUAAAAGAGCUCAGCGAAUAUCUCCAGGAGAACUCCAGACAAAUUGAGGAGAUUGUCGCGAUGGUUCGUGGUGAACUGUCAAAGCAAAAUAGAACUACGCUUCAAGCUCUCAUUGUGUUGACUGUCCAUGCGCGCGAUGUCGUACAGACGCUGGUUGACGAGAAGGUCAAGAGUGAUACCGAGUUCUCUUGGCUCAGCCAGUUACGCUACUAUUGGGAAAGCGAUGAUUUACAAACACGCAUGAUUAACUCGACCCUUGCUUAUGGUUAUGAAUACCUGGGCAAUACUCCACGUCUUGUAAUCACUCCUCUGACCGACCGGUGCUACCGAACGCUUUUUGGGGCUCUUCACCUUCACCUGGGUGGCGCCCCAGAAGGACCUGCAGGGACCGGGAAGACCGAAACCACAAAGGAUCUUGCUAAAGCCGUCGCAAAACAAUGCGUUGUUUUUAAUUGUUCCGACGGUCUUGACUACAUUGCUUUGGGCAAGUUUUUCAAAGGUUUGGCUUCGUGUGGCGCUUGGUCAUGUUUCGACGAAUUCAAUCGAAUUGAUCUGGAGGUAUUGUCUGUCGUCGCACAGCAAAUUUUGACUAUCCAAAUGGCAAUUAACGCUGGAAAAGAGAGAAUUAUUUUUGAGGGUACAGACAUUAGUCUCAACCCCACAUGCGCUGUCUUCAUCACUAUGAAUCCUGGCUAUGCCGGUCGUUCGGAAUUGCCAGACAACUUGAAGGCUCUCUUCCGCUCUGUGGCAAUGAUGGUGCCCGACUACGCCCUGAUUGCCGAAAUUUCACUCUACUCCUGUGGUUUUGUUUACGCCAGACCAUUAGCCGUUAAGAUUGUUGCCACAUAUCGCUUGUGUUCGGAGCAGCUUUCAAGCCAACCGCAUUACGAUUAUGGUAUGAGAGCUGUUAAAUCAGUGCUGACUGCAGCGGGCAAUCUGAAGCUUCAGUGCCCAGAAGAAAACGAAGAUAUAUUGAUGCUUCGUUCAAUAAUUGACGUAAAUCUACCAAAAUUUUUGAACCACGAUCUGCCUCUUUUCCAUGGUAUCACCUCAGACCUCUUUCCCGGAGUCAAAUAUCCCGACCCUGACUACGCGAUACUAAAUGGUGCAGCUAGGCGCGCAUGCUCUCAAAUGAACCUGCAAUGCACAGAUUUUUUCCUCACUAAAGUUCAACAAAUUUACGAAAUGAUGAUUGUUCGGCACGGAUUUAUGAUUACAGGAUACCCAUUCGGGGCCAAAACAAGUGCCUACCGCGUGCUCGCAGAAUCUUUGGGAUAUAUUUGUGAAGAGGGGUUGAUGGAUGAGAAUAAAGUUCAAAUUACAGUUCUAAACCCCAAGUCAAUUACAAUGGGUCAAUUAUAUGGUCAGUUUGACCCCAAUUCCCAUGAAUGGUCUGAUGGAGUGCUAGCUGUUUCCUACCGGGCCUUCGCGUUAUCGCAAACCCCGGAUCGAAAAUGGCUGAUCUUCGAUGGUCCUGUUGAUGCAGUUUGGAUUGAAAAUAUGAAUACCGUGUUGGACGAUAACAAGAAGCUCUGCCUUAUGUCGGGUGAGAUAAUUCAACUGGCACCGACUACUAACCUAAUUUUCGAACCAAUGGAUCUAGAAGCGGCUUCACCGGCCACAGUAUCACGAUGUGGCAUGAUCUACAUGGAGCCUAACAGUCUUGGCUGGCGUCCAAUUAUGCGUAGCUGGAUGGCCAAGUUGCCAAUUGGUGUGGGAGAUGCUCAGAAAAAGAUUAUCGUUGAUAUGUCUGAGCGGUUCAUCGAUGCAGGUCUAGCUAUGGUCCGCAAAGGAGGCGGGAAAGAACUCUCCCCAACAACCGACAUUAACUUGGUAAGGAGUCUCACUAACUUGAUCGACUGCCAACUGGACGGUUUCAAGGAUGCCAACAUUAUUGGAGCUUGUAUCUUCCUAUUUGCCUACGUGUGGUCUGUUGGAGCCACUAAGGACGAAACAGGCCGAAAGCGGUUUGAUAAAUUGACUCGAGAACUCAUGAACGGAGGCAUGACAGAAGAUACCCAGCAUUACUUGGCGCUGAUUGAACAAGUUCCGCCCCCCAUGGAAGACUAUAAAUGUCCCUUCCCAAUCAAGGGAUCAGUCUACGACUACCGUCUGGAUUUUACAUAUCCUGUCAAGUGGACACAAUGGCGUGACAUUGUCCGUGCGAUGCCUCCCAUUCCUAAAGACGCCACUUUCAAUGAGAUCAUUGUCAGCACGGUGGAUACUGUGCGAAUCGCAAAACUGCUGGAACUACUCGUCAAGCACCAGAAAGCGUGCCUCUUUGUCGGCCCGACGGGAACAGGAAAAUCGUGUUAUAUUGUGGCAAGUAUUGCUGUUUUCAUUUCUCUUCCCAAUAUUAUGUAUGUCUAUGACUUCCUGUUGAACGUUCUGGAUAGAAAUAUUUACAAGCCCAAUGUGAUUAACUUCUCUGCACAAACCAGCGCUAACCAAACGCAGAACAUUAUAAUGGGCAAGUUGGAUAGACGCCGAAAGGGUGUCUUUGGGCCCCCUGUAGGAAAGAAAAUGGUUUGCUUCGUCGAUGACUUGAAUAUGCCUGUCCGGGAAGAGUACGGGGCCCAACCGCCCAUUGAACUACUCCGUCAAUGGCUCGAUCAGGGAAACUGGUACGAUUUAAAAGACAAUUCAUCUUUAAAAUUGAUUGACCUCCAAUUCGUUGGAGCCAUGGGUCCGGCAGGUGGUGGGCGGAAUCCCGUGACACCACGAUUUCUUCGGCACCUCAACACCAUCGCUAUCAACGAAUUCUCAGAAGACACAAUGAAAACCAUUUUUACAAAAAUUAUGAGCUGGCAUUUUAUGGUUCACAACUUUUCGAAGGACUUCAAUUUGGUGGCAGGAAAAAUCGUAAAUGCGACCUUCGAAAUCUACCAACAAGCCACACUGAAUUUGCUACCAACACCGGAGAAGUCCCAUUACCUCUUUAAUCUCCGUGACUUCAGUCGUGUCAUUCAAGGUUUGCUGUUAAGUCGGCCCGAGUCAAUAGGGGCGCCUAUUGGGCUGAAACGAAUGUGGCUCCAUGAAGCCUUUCGUGUCUACUAUGACCGUCUUAUUGACGAUGAUGACCGGACGUGGUUCUACGAGACUGUCAAGGAGGUCAUUAAGAAUGAGCUUGAUAUAGAAUUGAACGUUCUCUGUGCCAAUCUUGCGCACAAUGACGAAGAGGUUACCCUAGAUGACCUGCGUUCCUUGAUGUUCUGCGACUUUGUUGAGCCAAAGGGUACCCGCUUCUACGUUGAAGUACCCGACGUGGAGGCCCUGCGUAAGAUCGUGGAAGCCUUCCUAGAUGAAUACAACUCCAUGAGCAAGAAGCCCAUGAAUUUGGUUCUCUUCCGCUUUGCCAUUGAACACGUUUGUCGUAUUGCACGUAUUCUCAAGACGCCACGAUCACAUGCCCUUCUGGUUGGUGUUGGAGGGUCGGGAAGACAAUCCUUGACACGUCUCGCAGCGCAUAUCAGCGACUACGACCUUUUUCAGAUCGAUUUAGCCAAGUCCUAUGGCGUAAAUGAAUGGAAUGAAGACCUAAAGCGAAUCCUUCGCAAGGCUACAGAAACUGAGAACCACGCCGUCUUCCUCUUCACUGAUACUCAGGUGAAGCAGGAGUCCUUUGUGGAGGAUCUUAACAACCUUCUGAAUGCUGGUGAGGUGCCCAACCUCUUCCCUCCAGACGAGAAACAGGAAGUGUGUGAGAAAAUGCGGGCCCUUGAUCGUCAGCGAGAUCGAAACAAACAGACGGAUGGGUCACCUGUGGCCCUCUUCAAUUUUUUUAUCCAGAAGACACGAGAGCAACUCCACGUGGUGCUCGCAUUCAGUCCUAUUGGAAGCGCUUUCAGGACUCGAUUAAGAAUGUUCCCUUCGUUGGUCAACUGCUGCACAAUAGAUUGGUUCCGAUCAUGGCCUGAAGACGCAUUAACAGCAGUUGCAACGAGGCAGUUGGCCUCAAUCGAGAUGUCAUCAGAUGUCCGCCAGGGUUGCAUUGAUAUCUGCAAGUACUUCCACACGAGCACCCAGAGUUUGGCUCUACGCUACCGACAAGAGCUUGAAAGAUACAACUACGUUACUCCCACAUCCUACCUCGAACUUAUCUCCACAUUUAUCACCCUUUUGGAUGAGAAACGGAAAUCCGUUUUAAUGCAAAAAAGCCGUUACGAGGUCGGUUUGGAGAAAUUGGGAAGUGCAGCUGCGGACAUCACCAUAAUGUCGAAAGAACUUAUUGAACUUCAACCAAAAUUGGUUCAAGCUAGUAAAGAAGUAGAUGAGACUAUGGCAGUUGUCGAACAACAAAGCAAUGAGGCUGCGAAACAGGAGAAAGUUGUCCGCGCCGACGAAGCAGUAGCCAAUGAGCAGGCUAGUGCGGCUCAGGCCAUCAAACAGGAAUGUGACGCUGAUCUUGCGGAAGCCAUUCCCAUCCUGGAGGCCGCGUUGAAAGCCUUAGAGACACUCACACCGGCGGAUAUCACGAUUGUGAAAACUAUGAAGUCUCCCCCUAUGGGUGUCCGUCUAGUAAUGGAAGCAGUCUGUGUACUAAAAGGUGUCAAACCAGACAAGGUGAAUGAUCCCAGUGGAUCAGGCCGGAAAUUAGACGAUUUCUGGGGUCCUUCGAAAAGACUCCUUGGUGACAUGAAGUUUCUCGAGCAUUUGAAGACUUACGACAAGGACAACAUCCCCGAGCAAAUAAUUAAGACUAUCAGGGAUAAGUACAUACCCAAUCCAGAUUUCAAACCCGAACGCAUUGCCGUUGCCUCCACGGCAGCUGAAGGUCUCUGUAAAUGGGUUAUCGCUAUCGACGCUUACGACAAAGUUGCAAAAAUUGUUGCCCCUAAGAAGGUUGCCCUUGCGAAGGCUAUGGAGGAGUACAAUAUUGCAAUGGAGGCCCUCAACAAGAAACGCGCUGCACUAAAAGUGGUGCAAGACAGACUUCAGGCUCUCACUGAUGAGCUAACAGCAAAUAAACAGAAGAAGAUCGACCUUGAGAAUAAAGUAGAUAUGUGCACAAAGAAAUUGGAACGAGCCGAACAGCUUAUUGGUGGCCUGGGUGGUGAAAAGCAGCGAUGGACAGAUAAUGCGAAGGCUCUUGGUGAACAGUACGUCACACUGACAGGUGACGUCCUCGUUUCCAGUGGAGUAGUUGCGUAUUUGGGUGCCUUUACACCUUCGUUCAGAGCAGAACAGGCUGCGGAUUGGCUUGCGGGGAUUAAAAAAUCAGUCAUACCUUGUUCAGGUGAAUUUAGUCUCGUCAACACGCUUGGUAGCCCAGUAGCUAUUAGAGCAUGGAAUAUCGCUGGACUACCUACGGACGAUUUCUCGAUUGAAAAUGGCAUUAUUACGAGUACUGCCCGCCGAUGGCCCCUAAUGGUUGACCCACAGCUACAGGCAAAUAAGUGGAUUAAAAAUAUGGAGAAGAAGAAUAAUUUGGUUGUUGUGAAGUUAUCAGACAGUGAUUUUGUUCGAAAUCUUGAGAACAGUAUUCAAUUUGGUAUACCGGUUCUUUUGGAAAAUGUGGGUGAAGAAUUGGACCCGGUUUUGGAGCCGCUCCUUCUGAAACAGACAUUCAAGCAAGGAGGAGCUUUGUGCAUCAAACUUGGCGACUCAGUCAUUGAGUACUCACCCGAAUUCAAAUUCUAUAUAACGACAAAACUUCGGAAUCCACACUACAUGCCCGAAAUUGCCGUGAAAGUGACAUUGGUGAACUUCAUGAUAACUAGUGAAGGUCUAAAUGACCAGCUGCUAGGCAUUGUGGUGGCUCGUGAACGGCCAGAACUUGAAGACGAGAAAAGCAAACUCAUUCUUCAGGGUGCUGCAAACAAGAAAAAACUCAAAGAACUCGAAGAUCAAAUACUCAGUGUACUUUCUUCUUCUGAGGGUAACAUACUGGAAGACGAGAGCGCCAUCCAGGUUCUUAACUCCUCUAAGGAACUCUCUAAUGAAAUUGCAGAGAAGCAGGCUUACUUUGAAGAAACGGAGAAGAAGAUCGAUGUCGCGCGCUUGGGAUACCUUCCUAUUGCCAUAUACACGUCUGUCCUCUUUUUCUCAAUUGCCGAUAUGGCAAACAUAGACCCUAUGUAUCAAUAUUCUCUUUCGUGGUUCAUUAAUCUCUUCAAUUUGGCAAUUGAGAAUUCUGAUAAAUCAGACGAUUUGCAGAAACGGCUGGAUAUCUUGCAAGAUUACAUUACUUACUCUCUUUACUGUAAUGUGUGUCGGUCCUUGUUCGAAAAGGACAAACUUCUCUUCUCUUUCCUUCUGGCAAUCAAUCUUGGGAAACAUCGUAAACAAAUUAAUGAAGUUGAGUGGAGAUUCUUGCUCACUGGUGGCGUAGGCCUUGAUAACCCAAAUCCAAAUCCAUCAUCUUGGCUUCCUACGAAGCAAUGGGAUGAGCUCUGUCGAAUGUCAGCAUUGCCAAGAUUUACCAAACUUAAGGAGAACUUUGCCAAGAACUUGUCUCAAUAUCAGGCUAUCUACGAUCAUUCAAGUCCGCACACACUCCCUCUUCCCGAACCCUACGAUGAAGAGAUAAAGGACUAUCUUGGUAAAAUGCUUUUUAUCCGCACACUUCGACCUGACAGAAUGACGUCAAUAAUUCAGGACUACGUGACGGAUUACUUGGGAAAAAAGUUUAUUGAGCCCCCUCCCUUUGACUUACCUGGUUCUUUUGCUGACGCUAAUUGCACAACCCCUCUAUUAUUUGUCCUCUCUCCCGGUUCUGAUCCUAUGGCAGCGCUGCUGAAAUUUGCAGAUGACAUUGGCUUUGGUGGGCCCAAGUUCGAGUCUCUCUCACUGGGUCAGGGUCAGGGUCCAAUAGCCCAACGAAUGAUGGAGAGGGCAAUCAAGGAGGGGACGUGGAUAUUGCUGCAGAACUGCCACCUUGCUCCCUCCUGGAUGCCUACCUUGGAGAAACUUGUCACGGAAAUCGAACCUAACACUACCCAUCCUGACUUCCGUCUCUGGUUGACCAGUUACCCUAGUUCUCAGUUUCCUGUGACCAUCCUUCAAAAUGGAGUUAAGAUGACCAAUGAACCUCCGAAGGGUCUUCGAUUUAAUCUCUGGCGAUCCUACCUCAGUGACCCGAUUGCUGAUCCCGAGUUCUUUUCCACUUGUCUUAAGACAGGUGUGUGGAAGAGAAUGCUUUAUGGCUUGGUCUUUUUCCACGCUAUAGUUCAAGAGAGAAGGAAGUUUGGACCACUUGGAUGGAAUAACCUCUAUGAAUUUAACGAGACAGACUUGCGCAUCUCUGUUCGGCAGCUCCAUAUGUUCCUCAACCAAUACGAAACGGUGCAAUACGUGGCUCUUCGCUACCUGACUGGCGAAUGCAAUUACGGCGGAAGAGUUACAGAUGGCUGGGAUCGACGUACCCUGUUAACAAUUCUUGAGAAGUUCUACUGUCCUGAGCUGGUCGAGGACCCUGACUACAAGUUUGAUGAAAGUGGUUUGUACUUUGUUCCCUCAGAAAGAUCAUAUGAUGAAUACAUCAGUUUUAUCAAGACACUUCCCCUUAAUCCCUCUCCGGAGAUCUUCGGUAUGCAUCCAAACGCAGACAUAACCAAAGACAACCAGGAAACAGCCCUUCUAUUCAAUAGCGCCCUUCUUACUCAGGCUAAAGGCAGUUCAUCUUCAGGAGCGUCAGAAGAUGAGAUCUUAGAAGACGUGGCGAGUGGUAUCCUUAAUCGUCUGCCCGAAAUCUACAACAUUGAGCUGACGUUACGCAAAUACCCUACCCUUUACGAACAAAGUAUGAACACCGUAUUAGUUCAAGAGAUGACGCGUUUCAACCAUCUGGUUACCACCAUCCGCACCAGUCUUGUCGACCUCAAGAAGGCCAUCAAAGGGCUUGUCGUAAUGUCACAUGACCUCGAGAAUGUUGUCACUUCGAUUCUUGAAUCUAAAAUCCCUGCAAUGUGGAUGGGAAAAUCCUACCCUUCACUCAAACCGCUGGGCUCCUAUGUGAACGAUCUCUUGCUCAGGCUUCAGUUUUUCCAGGAAUGGUGCGACAAUGGUGCACCACCAAACUUCUGGAUUUCUGGUUUCUUCUUUACGCAAGCUUUCUUGACAGGGGUGCAGCAAAACUUUGCUCGAAAGUACGCUAUCCCCAUCGAUUUGCUCACAUUCGACUUUGAAGUUCUCGAUGACAAGGAUUAUGAGGAACCACCGACGGAUGGUGCAUAUGUUUAUGGCCUAUUCCUUGAUGGUGCACGAUGGAACAGAGAAAAAAAGAUAAUCGACGAGUCGCUGCCAAAAAUAUUGUACGAUUCCGUCCCGACUAUAUGGCUGAUUCCACUGGAGAAGGCCAAUGUCCAGCAGCGUCACACCUAUCAGUCGCCAGUUUACAAAACAAGUGAACGGCGGGGCGUGCUGUCUACAACUGGUCACUCAACCAAUUUUGUGCUUGCAAUGGAUCUACCAACAGAAAAGGAACAGGAGCACUGGAUAAUGCGCGGCGUCGCCCUGCUCUGUCAGCUGGACGUUUAG